AUGGUGGCGGAGGGAGACAGGACUCUGCUGGCCGCGCGUCAGGGGGACAUCCAGGCUCUGAAGACGCAGCUCGCGGCCAAAGAGCUCACGGCCGAAGUGAAGGACUCGCUGGGAGCCACUCCGGUGCACCACGCCGCGCGCUCGGGGAGACUCAGCUGCCUGCGCUUCCUGGUGGAGGAGGCUGGGCUGCCCGGGAACUCUCUGGCCAACAACGGAGCGAGCCCCGCGCACGACGCAGCGGCCACCGGACACUUGGCCUGUCUCCAGUGGCUGCUGACCCAAGGAGGAUGCAGGCCAGAGAGCAAGGACAGCUCCGGAGCCACAGUCCUGCACCUGGCGUCCCGCUUCUGCCACUCUGAGGUCACAGAGUGGCUGUUGAAGAGCGGGGAGGGGGACCCCGGGGCCACCACACAAACCGGGGCCCUACCACUCCACUACGCCGCUGCCAAGGGAGACCUGCCCUCCCUCCGCCUGCUCCUCGGACACAGCCCAAACGUUGUCAACGUGCAAACUAAAAACGGUGCCACGCCUCUGUACCUGGCCUGUCAGGAGGGUCACCUGGAGGUGGUCCAGUACCUGGUGAAGAGCUGCGGGGCAGAUCCCAGCAUCAGGGCCAACGACGGGAUGACGUCUCUCCACGCCGCGGCUCAGAUGGGACACAACACUGUCAUCGUCUGGCUGGUGAGUUUUACGGAGAUCAGUCUGUCGGACAAAGACGGCGACGGAGCCACGGCGAUGCAUUUCGCAGCGAGUCGUGGUCACUCUAAAGUUCUGAGCUGGCUCCUGCUGCACGGAGGGGAGAUCGUCACGGACAACUGGGGAGGGACGCCGCUACACGACGCAGCGGAAAACGGUGAACUGGAGUGCUGUCAGAUCCUUGUCGUGAACGGGGUCGACCUCGGCGUCAGGGACCAAGACGGAUUCAGCGCGGCGGAUCUGGCCGAGUACAACGGUCACCAGCAGUGUGCCAAAUAUUUACGCACUGUGGAGAACAUGAGUGUGGAGCAUCGUGUCCUGUCCCGGGACCCCUCCACAGAGCUGGAGUACAAGCAGCCGGACUCGGGGCUGUCGUCUCCGAACACCACCAUGCCCCCCGCUCCCCCGCCCCCGCCUCCGCCCCCGCCCCCUCCGGCCCCCCAGCACAACGCGGGCUCCCCCUCCAGCUCCCUGUCCAACUACGACUCCGCCAACUCCAGUCAGUCCAGCACCGGAGAGAAGAGGAGCAGCGGCGGCAACAACUCGCAGGGAGCGCCGUCGCAGAACAAUAACGCCACAAACGCAGGUACAAAUGAGUCCGCCAUCUCCGACAUGCAGGCGUACAUGGACAUGCUCAACCCAGACACCGGCGCCGGCUCCAGCAGCAAGACGGAGACUCAAAACCCGCCUCCUCCGCCCGCCUACCCCCCUCCGCCUCCUCCACCGGGCGGCCCCGUGCCCCCUCCGCCCCCCGCCUACCCCGCCCCAGAACCGCCGCCGCAGGACCAGACUUCAGCCGAGUUUCUCAAGGUGAAAAGCAACUUGAGGCAUGUCGAGAGUAACGCCGGGAAGAAGCAGCUCACAGUCGGACAAGGUCACGAUAAACUGCGCCGUGUGGAUUCAAACCGUAAAUCGAGGAGCUUCAGCAAACAGCCCAGCACUGGGGACUAUUACAAGAGUCUGGGCGACACGGCCGAGCCCCGUGGGAGCAGAGAGAUGGCCCCCAACGAAGAGCUAAUCAAGAACCGCAACGGCACGUGCGACCGGGACCCAUCUGGACAUGCCCCCUCCUCCCUCUUCUACUCCAACUCCCCGGGGGGCUGGAGGAAGCGCAGAGGGGCCCACGAUGAAGCGCACGCGUCCCCGGGCUAA